UCUCAACACCUUCUUUCGAUCUUCUUACGGUAUAGUCUCUCUCAACGCUCGCGGCAUCAGAUCUUUCUUACUAUAGUCUGCAACUUCUCUUGCUUCAGCUGUCACUGCAAUCAUUUACCUCCUAAAACUUCCAUUUUCAGUUUCGCCAAGGGUUCUAGGUAUAACCGUGUGCUGCUACGGCGAAGCCUUAGCCUGCGCCACUGGCAACUUCGCAUCAUGGCGGAAGAGAUUGUGAUUGACAAGAAUGCAUUCUUUAACCGACUUACAAGCUUCUAUUCGGCAUGGAAGGCAGAUAGACGCUCAAACAAUGCCACUUUCGGUGGAGUUUCAUCCAUUGUUAUCCUCAUGGGAAAGACAGACGAGGCUAACAGCUUCCAAAAGAACAAUGCGAUGCAUUUCUGGCUCCUGGGCUACGAAUUCCCUGCGACCCUACUAGUUUUCACAACUGACGUUGUAUAUGUUGUGACUACUGCUAAGAAAGCCAAGCACCUUGAGCCGUUGAAGGGGGGCAAAAUCUCAGUAGAGAUUUUGGUGACCUCAAAGGAUCCAGAAGAGAAGACAAAAUCAUUUGAGAAGUGCAUCGAGGUUAUCAAGACAGCCGGUAAGAAAGUCGGUAUUCUGCCCAAGGAUACAGCCUCCGGUCCUUUUUCUGAGGACUGGCGGCGGGUUUACGCGGCAGCCGCUGGGGAACUGGAAGAAGUUGACAUUUCGGGCGCUCUAUCGGCCGCCUUUGCAGUCAAAGAUACAGAUGAGCUGGUAUCCAUCCGAAAUGCGUCAAGGGCGUGUAGUGGCUUGAUGGCCGAAUAUUUUGUGGAUGAAAUGUCUCGUCUGCUGGACGAAGAGAAGCAGAUGACCCAUAAGGCUCUCGCCAUGAAAAUUGACGCGAAGAUAGACGACGCCAGAUUCUUCAAUAAGCUAGCGAAACUUCCAACUGAAUUUGAUCCUCAACAGAUCGAUUGGGCAUAUGGCCCGGUUGUACAAAGUGGAGGCAAAUAUGACCUCAGACUCACAGCAACUUCAGACAACCACAAUCUUCAACCAGGGAUCAUCGUCGCUGGAUUUGGGAUUCGCUAUAGAACUUACAGUUCACUAAUUGCGCGCACAUAUCUAGUCGACCCAAGCAAAUCUCAAGAGGCAAACUACGCUUUCCUUCUGAAUGUUCGCGAUGUGGUUAUCAAAGAUCUCCGCGAGGGUACAGUGGCUAAGGAUUUAUACAACAAAGCUAUCAGUCUAGUCCGGGCCAAGAAGCCAGAGCUCGAAACGCACUUUGUCAAGUCCGUUGGUGCUGGUGUGGGAAUCGAGCUCCGUGACUCUAACAUGCUUCUGAACGGGAAGAACGACAAGAUAUUGAGAAGUGGCAUGACAUUCUCUGUUACAGUUGGGCUGACUGAUGUCGAGGAUUCCAACGCCAAGGAUCGGAGCAACUCCAUUUAUUCAAUGGUCAUUACAGAUACAGUCCGUGUCGGAGAGAACGGGCCACUUGUGUUCACGAAAGAUGCUGGAGUUGACAUGGACUCGGUCUCCUUCUAUUUUGGAGAUGAGGAAGAAUCUGAAAAGCCCGUCAAGGAGAAGAAGGAGGUGAAAUCGGGUGCUGUUGCUAGCAGGAAUGUCACCCGAACAAAGUUACGUGCCGAACGACCAACACAAAUCAAUGAGGGCGCAGAAGCACGGCGUCGUGAGCAUCAGAAGGAACUGGCCACCAAGAAAACAAAAGAAGGCCUGGACAGGUUUGCGGGCACCACGGGAGAUGACAAUGGGGUCACACACAAAAAGUUCAAGAGAUUCGAGUCCUACAAAAGGGAUAACCAACUGCCCACAAGAGUGAAAGACCUCACUAUUUAUGUCGACCACAAGGCCUCAACCGUGAUUGUCCCCAUCAUGGGCCGACCGGUCCCCUUUCAUAUCAAUACUAUCAAAAAUGCCAGUAAAAGUGACGAGGGGGAAUAUGCCUAUCUGAGGAUCAACUUUCUGUCACCAGGCCAAGGCGUUGGCAGAAAGGAUGACCAGCCUUUUGAAGAUCUUUCAGCACAUUUCCUUCGAAACCUGACUCUUCGAUCCAAGGAUAACAAUCGACUUGCUCAAGUCGCUCAAGACAUAACCGAGCUUCGCAAAAAUGCUCUGCGACGCGAGCAAGAGAAGAAGGAAAUGGAGGAUGUGGUGGAGCAGGACAAGCUGGUUGAAAUUAGGAAUCGUCGCCCCGUCAAAUUACCCGACGUUUAUCUUCGGCCUCCUUUGGACGGGAAGCGGGUUCCUGGUGAGGUUGAAAUACAUCAAAAUGGUCUUCGAUAUAUGUCACCCUUCCGCAACGAACACGUUGACGUACUUUUUAGCAAUGUGAAGCAUCUUUUCUUCCAACCAUGCGCACAUGAGCUGAUCGUGUUGAUACACGUUCAUCUCAAGACGCCGAUAUUAAUAGGAAAGAGAAAGACCAGGGAUGUGCAGUUCUACAGAGAAGCUACUGAGAUGCAGUUUGAUGAGACUGGAAACCGCAGACGUAAACAUCGCUACGGGGAUGAAGAGGAAUUUGAGGCCGAACAAGAAGAGCGGCGUCGACGGGCAGCAUUGGACCGCGAAUUCAAGGCAUUUGCUGAAAAGAUUGCAGAUGCUGGCAAGGAUGAAGGUGUCGACGUUGACAUCCCGUUCAGAGAAAUUGGCUUUACUGGUGUUCCCAAUCGGUCAAACGUCUUGAUCCAACCCACGACAGACGCUCUUGUCCAAUUGACUGAGCCUCCUUUCCUAGUAAUCACUCUCAAUGAGGUUGAAAUUGCUCACCUAGAAAGAGUACAGUUCGGACUUAAAAACUUUGACCUUGUCUUUGUUUUCAAAGACUUCCACCGGGCGCCUGUUCACAUCAAUACGAUCCCUGUUGAGUCGUUGGAAAGUGUGAAGGAUUGGCUCGACUCUGUUGAUCUCGCUUUCACAGAGGGUCCCUUGAACUUGAACUGGACCACCAUCAUGAAGACGGUGGUAAGUGAUCCUUAUGGAUUCUUUGCUGAUGGAGGUUGGUCGUUCCUGGCGGCAGAGUCUGACUCUGAGGGCGGCUCUGAUGAGGAAGAGGAGUCUGCGUUUGAGCUCUCUGAAUCAGAGCUCGCGGCCGCGGACGAAAGUUCGGAAGACGAUAGCGAAUUUGAUGAUGAUGCUAGUGCUGAGGCAAGCGACGACUUCAGCGCAGACGAAGAGAGUGGCGAGGAUUGGGACGAGUUGGAACUCAAGGCGAAGAAGAAGGAUAGAGAUGGCGGUUUGGACGAUGAGGAGCGGGGCAAGAAGCGGAAGCGAUAGUCGGGAUGGAUCUGCAGCUUCGGCACGACUACCUACUAGCUCGUUGGCUUGAGGACAACAGACUACUGCGACCAGAUAUUACUUUCAGAACAGUGUGCAGCCUUAUUACAGCUUUUGAUAUCAUGCUUGGAAUUUUCGUCAUGCAGUAUUAGUGUGAGAGAGUUGCC